UGUCUUGCGCAUGCGCGAGUCCCAAAGCUUCAUCCGCUCUCCUAGCUGCGUGUUGCGUUGUGUCCUGAUCCCUCGGCCUGUCAUGGCGGUCGGCGGAACCCCGCAGUUAACCUUCUUGAAAGAUGUGGUGGCCUAUGUUGAAGUGUGGUCAUCCACAAAAACAGAAAAUUAUUCAAAGACAUUUAUGAACCAACUUCAAGAUAUGGGGGCAACGGUUUCAAAAACUUUUAACAAACAAGUAACUCAUGUUGUAUUCAAAGAUGGAUACCAGAGCACCUGGGACAAAGCUCAGAAGAGAGGGGUAAAGCUUGUUUCAGUGCUGUGGGUCGACAAGUGCAAGACAGCUGGAGUACAUAUUGAUGAAUCAUUAUUCCCUGCAACUAAUACUAAUGAACAGUUACCAAACCUAAUUAAAAAAAGACGUAAGUGUAUGCAGCCCAAAGAUUUUGUUUUUAGAACACCAGAAAAUGAUAAAAGAUGUCAGAGGAAAUUUGAGAAAAUGGCCAGAGAACUACAAAGGCAAAAAGCAAGUCUAAAAAAUUAUGCACCUAUUCUCUUAUUUGAACCUGAUGGUUCAUUGGUGUAUAGUCCCACAAGUGAAGUGGAUGAUAGUCACGACAAUACGAUAGAGAUGAGAUUGCAAGAGUUGGAAGAGAACCGGGAAGAUCUUUCUCCUACUUCUUCCCAAAAGAUUGAACAGUCUCAUGAUAAUCCAAGUAGCUCUCUGUGUGAGGCAUCUUUGAACAUUUCACAUGAUACUUUGUAUUCAGAUGAAUCCUUUGGUGGUGAUUUAUACUCAUCUUUUGAUGAUCUUUGUGGAAAUUCAGGACAUGGAAAUCCGGAAAGGAAAUUGGGAGGAUCCAUUAAUGAAAGUGUUUCUUCAACUGUAUCUAAAGCAAAUAGUAUUCCUUCAUCAGCAUCGUCCAGUUACCUCAGUGUAUUAAGUCCUCAGAAAUCCAUGAGUAAUCUUUCAACAGAAGAAAUAGAUUGGCAAGGAGAUACUGUAAGUGAAGUAUUCACCCCUGACAAAAAGGAACUGGAAGGUAUGUCUAAGGAGAUGUUUGAUGAGAAAUAUAGUUUGUCUCCUACAUUAUCUUCAACAAAAAGCCCCCUGUUGAUGCAUUCAAGACCCAUGGGGUCCUCAGUAAAGAGAAGAACACCACUAGACAACUUACAUUCUCCUCCAAAAGAAAAGGUAAAGAAAAAGAGUUACAGCAGGCGCUCGAACAUGCCAAGGUUACAGCUGUUUAAGUCAGAAGACAACGUGAAGUUCACAUCUGGAUAUGCUAUGAAGACUCCUGAUUGUAAGGACUCCUCAUAUGAUGAUUAUUUUUCACCUGCUAAUAUUAAGGAAAGGAAUGCAGAGGCUCUUCCUUCUAAACUUCAGCCGUCAUCAUGCCUUGCUGUGCUCAACAACAGAAGUCUUUCUAAGAAGGAGAGAACAAGCACAUUUGAACUAUCUGACUUUUCUGGCAUUGGAAAAUACCCAGAUUACUCAGCUGAUAGCCAAAACUAGGUCCAGUGCUCAGAAAACUGCAAAUGAUGAAGGCAGUACCACUUGGCAUCUCAUGACUUGACGGAAACAUCUGCUGCUACAGCAGCUCUGGGGUGUUGUGGACAGGCUGGCCCUCAGCAGGGAGCAGAUGCAUGCGCAGAUCCAAACAGCUUUUCUCAUACCCCUGAGGACUUUGCUCAUCCAAAAAACCCAAACACCUGGUGAUUUAACGCCUUUGAAAGGAAGCAGUGAAGAAAUGAAAUAAUUGACUGGUGUAAAAAGCACACAGAAGUAAAGUACCGUUUCCAAAAUGUCAAGCUCCUCUGAAAGUGAAGCACAAAGUGAUUACAAACUCAAUUUUGUAGAUGAUAAUAAUGUGGAGAUAUCUACAGAAGAAAAGGAAGAUUGAUCUAGAGGAAAUAGUGAAAGUAUGUGAAUUUC